UGCUAAACUUUAGCAGGACACGAUAUCAGUACGCUGUGUUUCAUAAUCAGCAAGUGUUACCUGCAAUUUGCAAAGUUAAAGGCAAAUAAGGAUAAAGCACUUGUGUAACGGGUUCCUGAAGAGGCGUAUGGGUUUGGUCGUCGCCAGUAUUCCCGGGGGACCUGCAGCACAGAUUACAGGCAACAAGCGGCCCAUGGUGAAAAAGAUCGGCACCCACAGCGGCUCCUUCCACUGCGAUGAAGCGCUGGGAUGCUGGUUGCUGCGCCGGACUACCCUAUUCCAGGAAGCCGAAAUCGUGCGGACGCGCGAUCCAGAGGUGCUCAAAGACCUGGAUGUGGUAAUUGAUGUCGGUGGCGUUUACGACCCAGAUCGUAUGCGCUUUGACCACCACCAGCGCGGCUUCGAAACCAAGUUCGGAUUUGGAUUCGAGGCCACCAAGCUGAGUUCCGCCGGCCUGGUGUACAAGCAUUUCGGGCGGGAAAUCAUCGCGGGGCUGCUCUCCUGGCCCAUAGACCACCCGGACCUGGAGAUGGUCUAUCUGGAGGUCUACCGCAACUUCAUCGAGUCGGUCGAUGCGAUUGAUAACGGCGUCAUGCAGUACAACUUACCACCCGGUACGGUGCCGCGGUACUUGAACAAUACGACACUGAGUUGUCGAGUUGGCAAACUCAACCCACGCUGGAAUGAACCCAGCGAUGACGCCACGUUGUACGAACGGUUUUUGAGGGCUGUGGAACUGACAGGUUCGGAGUUCAGCGAGGCGGUGGACUGGGUGGCCCGGGGCUGGCUGCCGGGCAGGAGGCCUGUGGAGGCGGCGCUGGCGGAGCGACACUCCGUGCACCCCAGCGGCAAGAUCCUACUGCUCAAAGAGUUUUGCCCCUGGAAGGACCACCUGUACAACCUGGAGGAGGAGGGCGGCUUUGUUGGGGAACUGCUCUACGCCAUAUUCCAGGAUGAGCGGGACAAGACGUACAGGGUGCAGGCUGUAAGUGUGGGGCCGGGUAGCUUUGAGAACCGCCGGUCGCUGCCUUGCGCCUGGAGGGGGUUACGUGACGAGGCGCUCAGCGCCCUCUCGGGUAUCCCGGACUGCGUGUUCGUGCACGCGGGUGGCUUCAUCGGGGGGAACAAGACCCUGGAGGGCGCGUUGGAGAUGGCCAAGCGCAGCCUGGAGCUGGAGUGAUGCUGUCUGUAGUCGGGAUGUGGCCACCCGGGGUGUGCCAAGAAGAAGGGGAAUGCGGAGAAAGGCGCGGCAUUGUGGUGCUUGACAGCUGCGGCAUCUCGUGAUUUUCAGAGGGCGGUCAGGAUGUUUCAUUCCGCUCACUGCCCCGGGUGGCGUUUGCCUCGGGAGCUUUUCCAGGGAGGGCUUGGCUUCAAUGUCAUUCGGUGCACAUGUGCGGAUAUUCCGAAGACGGGUAACGCAGGACUACUUGGUGACGGUUUGUGUGAGCAGGCGGUAUUUCGACGGUAGCGUGCAGCAGCUCGCUCGGCUGGCUUGAUGCGUGAUGGACGGGUGGAUGCAUGCAUGUGCGUGCGACCCUUCGCUGGAUAUUGUCCAACCGGGCUCCUUUCACCUCGAAAGGGCAGGAGGUUGUGGCCGGUUAGGUUAUAAAACUGGUGAGUACGGCCUCACAUGGCAUAAGCUCACUUCGGCCAUUUCCAUACAUCCUCUGAAGGGCCCAUACUUCGGCCACUUGUCAAACCGCAAGGCUCCCC